AUGUAGUCAUCUAGAUAUGAUAACUCAGCUUUCGUUGAGGAAGCUAUACCAUUCAUUAUUUAUGAUCCUGAUUAGAGCAAAUUCGUUCUAACUCAAGAAGCUAUCGAUAUAUUGAGAAAGAUAGAUGGACCAAUCGGUCUAGUAGCUGUAGCAGGAAUGUACAGAACAGGAAAAAGUUAUUUGCUCAACAGAAUGCUCCUAAACAGAUCUAAUGGUUUUGGAGUCGGACCAACUAUUAAUCCUUGCACUAAAGGACUUUGGCUAUGGGGUAAACCAGUUCCAGGAACCACUCCAGAUGGUGAGCCAAUCAAUGUUCUGAUAGUAGACACUGAAGGAUUAGGAGCUCUUGAUGAAGACUCUAAUCACGAUGUGAGAAUUUUCUCACUUGCUAUCUUACUCUCAUCGUACUUUUUGUACAACAGUGUUGGUAGCAUUGAUGAAAGUGCUUUAUAAAAUUUAUCAUUAGUCAUCAACCUGACGAAGCACAUUCAUAUUAAGUCAAGAGGUGGAGAUGAUGUCGAUACAGAAGAAUACGGGACAUAUUUCCCAUCAUUUAUGUGGAUUGUUAGAGAUUUCACCCUUUAGCUAGUUGAUCAGGAGGGAGAACCGAUUUCUUCAAAAGAUUAUCUUGAUAAGGCACUUGAAAUUCAAAAAGGUUUCUCAGAUAAUGUAGAAUAGAAAAAUAGAAUCAGAAGGUUGAUGAAAAGCUUUUUCAAAGAAAGAGAUUGCUGCACCAUGAUAAGACCUCUUACAAAUGAGGACAACUUGCAAAAUUUAGCAAACAUGGAUCUUGAUGAAUUGAGACCAGAAUUUAUAGAAUAGGUAAUGUGCCUCAGAAGAAAAGUUAUGAACAGAGUAAAGCCUAAAAUGCUGAACGGAAGGAAAUUAACAGGCUAAAUGAUGGCCACAUUAGCUGAGUCCUAUGUUGUUUCUAUUAAUAACGGAGCCGUCCCAAACAUUGAAAACGCUUGGUCAUACAUUUGCAAGAACGAAUGUCACAAAGCAAUCGAGGAAAGUUUAUAGAAAUUUGAGUAAAUCUUCAGAGAAUAAGCUCUUUCUAAAAUACCAAUGGAAGAAGAAGACUUGAAUGAAAUUUACCUAGAAGCUAAAAAAGAGGCUAAGACUCAUUUCCAAAAGAGAGCAGUUGGAAAUGUUGCAGAUGAGUAUAUUAGAGAACUUAAAACUAAAAUGAGUACUCUAUUCAAUCAAAUCAAAGAUGAAAAUGAAAGAGAGUCCAUUCAUGCCUGCCAUAUGUUUUUAGGUGAAGCUUACAGCUUCAUCGAAAGAAGAUUAAAGAAUAAAGAGUUCUCAGGAUUCCAUGAAUAUGAGAAAGAUAUUUUGGCCUUCUAGCAAUACUUCAUUGAUAAUGGGCCUCCAGGUCCUUAGAGAAGAUUAAUUCUUCUUGAAUUCUGUCAGAGAGCAGUGACUGAGGCAGCUGAUUUUUUCACCAAAACAGUUAUUAAUGAGCUUCAUCUAUAGUAAAGCAUUUAACAAGAGUAGCACAAGAAUCUAGAAACUUAACUCAAGGAAUUAAAACAAGAUCAUAUACGGGAAAAGGAGCAUUUUGAGUCUAAAUUAAGAUCUGCUGAAGUAGAAAAGGCAGAACUGAGUGCCAUCGAGCAAAGUCUACGAGAAAAUUUGGAUAGGCUCCAAUAAGAGAAGAAUAGUGUCGAGAGAGAAUUAAUCGAAAAGGCAGAUAGAUUGAAAAAAGAAUCUUUUAGAGAAAUUGAUGAGUACAAGCAAAAGCUCUAAAAUGCAGACUAGCUUGCAAAUGAUCUUCAAAGGAAAGUCUAUCAAACUGAAAGUGAAAAUGAGAAGGAAAAGGCUCUGCUUGAAUAGAAAAUUGAAUUCUUGGAAAGAACAAUUCAAGAUUACCAGAAAAAGGAGAAUGAAUACUCUUAAGAACUUAAGAAAGAAAAGAAAGACCAUUAGCAGUGGGCUAGAGAAAUCCAAUAAAAAUAUGAGCAGUAAAUCAAGCAACUAAACAUAAGGUUGGAGGAGACUACCGAGAAGUUAUUAGAGGCUUAAUCAUCUUUUGAAGAUAUAGAGUAAAAAUAUUCCUAUGAGAGAACUAAAUGGGAGGAAAAUCAAGCAAGCAUGAAGAAUAACAUGUCCUUGAGUCAUACUCAAUAUAAUGAGAUGUAGAGAAAUAUCGAUGAUCUGAAAACUAAAGGUAGAAAUGAAGUUGAAAAACUCACAUUUGAACUUCAAGAUUUAAGGGAGCUAAGCAGACAAAAGGAGGAAGAACUUGAGACUUAAGUUAAGGAUAGAGAUGAGGAAAUUAAGAAUAUGAAGAACAUGUUCGAAAAAGAAAUGGCUAUCUUCAAACAGAAGAUUGAGUUUAAGGAUGUAUAAAACUCUUAGCUAAAAUCACAGCUAGAUGAGUCUCGUAAAUCUCAUGACUAAAUGAUCAAAGCUGUUGAAAACAAAGCUAAGGAGUCACAUGAGGGCAGGGAGACUGCUUUCAAGUAAGUUGAAGAUCUCAAAGAGGUGCAUCAAUAGGAAAUGAAUGAACUCCUAUCUAAAUUUAACUCAACUAGGUCAACUCUUGAAGAAUAGGUUGAUCAAUUAAAUGAGAAGUAUAGUGAUUUAGAGCUGAAGUAUAAGCUUCUGAAAGCUGAAUAUGAUAAAGAGAGUGAGAACUUCCAUUAACAACUCCAAAGUAUUGAGCAAUAAAAACAAAGAGCUCUUGAUCAAUCUAAGAUGACUGAUAAUUAAAAACUUAGAUUGCUAGAGGAAGCCGAAGAGAGACAUAAAGUGUAAAUCGAGCAGUUAGAGAAGGAACUUGAUGAACUAAACUAAAGAUCAUCUGAGGAGCUCAGAGAUUUAUAAUCGAAGUCUGAAGAAUCACUAGCUCAACUUAAAAAUACCUAUGAAAUAGAUAAGGUUAGACUAGAGCAUAGAUUAGCUGAAGAAAAAGAGAGAGCCCUUAAAAAGUAAACAUAACUGCAAGAGGAGUUUGAUUAGAGAAUAAGAGAUGAAUAGCAAUAGCAUGAGGAGGAUAUUGAUAUGCUCCAAGAGGAACUCAGAGAAAACGAAAGAAGAAACUCAAAUCUAAUUAAUCAACUUGAUCAUGAUAAUGCACUUAUGGCUCAAAAGAUCGAAACUCUUGAGUCUUACUUGAAAGAGAAAGAGGAUAGACUCUCCAAAGAGUAAAAUAUGACUGCUUCUUAAAUGGAAGCUUAGUUAGAAAGAUUCAACAAUGAAAGAAAGGAACUUUUCAUUAAGGUUGAGACCUUAAAUACUAACCUUACUAAUAAGGACAGAGAACUGACACUCGUUAAGAACAAACUUGAAACUGCUAUUGAAGAUGCAGAGAAAAAGAAGAAAGCUCUAGAAGAAUACAAGCAAGAAUAUCUUGUUGAAAAGAAUAAAUUACAAGAGAAAAUUGAGCAGCUAAGAACUAAAAACCAAGAAGUCACUGAUGAAUUUAUGCAAAAGAAGCUAGAGGAUGGAAGAGAAAUAGCCUUGUAUAAACAGAGACUUGAGUUCUAGCAAAAGAAGAUUGAUGAUCUUCAAAAGCAAUAUGAUGAGGUAUCAGUGAAAUAUGAGGAUAGGCAUGUCCAAUAGAAAUUGGAGUAUUAGCAGGAGAUUCAAGAAACAAUAUUGAGAAUGACUCAACAGAAAGAGCAGUCUGAACAAAAAUACGAGUAAAAGAGAAAAGCUUUCAAGGAGUUAGAAGGAAACUUCCAAAGGCAAAUUGCAGAAAUUCAAAAGGAAAGAGCAGUUUUAGAGGAGAAAUUUAUGAAUUCAGAGACUAAGAAAGAUGAAAUAAGACUCAAGUACUAGCAAGAAAUCGAUCAAUUAAGAGAGCAGCUCCUCAUUGCUUCUGACCAAGUAGGCAAGGAUAGAGAAGUCUUUAUUCAUGAAAAUGAGAGACUUAAGCAAGGUCUAUAAGAGAUGGAAAGAGAAUACUCAGAGAUUAAGUCUCUCUAUGAUAAGGACAAAGCUCUCUGGGAAGGUAGAUGCAGUUUCCUCGAAUAGUAAAAAGAUCAAGCAAAGCAAGAUCUUUAGGAAGCUACAAGAAAAUUCGAGAUGACUCUAGAGUAACUUUAAAAGAGAGGUUCAGCUGAUAGAGAUCAAAGAGAGAACAGUCAAAAUGUUCUCUUGAGCACUAUCGAGUCCAAAUAUAGAUAAUAAAUGAAGGAGCAACUCGAAUAAAACUCAAGAUUGUCUUAAGAAUUGAGUGAAAAAGUUAAAUAUCUCGAGAAAGAGAAUAGACAACUUCAGAGCAGACUCUAAUUAGAGCAAAGAGAUAAGAUGAGUGAUCAUGGCAGCAUGGAAAAGAAAGUGCAGGAACUACAAGAAUGCGAGCAAAGACUUCAAAAGGAAAUAGACGAACUCAAAUAAGAGAGAGACAGAAAGAUUGUUGAUCACCAAAGAGCUUUAGAAAAAGAUAGAGAAGUCUACAAGCAAAAAAUAGGUGAAAUCGAAUAGAAAUGUAAAGAACUUGAAAAUAGAAGGUCAACAAUGAUCUUCGAAUUCGAGAAGGAAAGAGCCAAGUGGGGUCUUGAGAAAGAUUUCCUAACAACUCAAAAGCAAGAAGUCUAAGAACAGCUUGAUAGAGUUCAAAGAAGAAAUGAGCAGUUAUUGAAAGAAAAUGAGAGACUAAAGAGUGAUAAAAAUAGAAAGGGAUAUCUCUAUGGUCAAGGAGGUGCAGGUGCUGGAGCAACUGGUGUUACAGGAAGCUAUGCUGGUAAAUUUAACAGCACUGCCUUCGGUCAGCAUUUGUUAAAGGGUGCUGGUGCCAAAGAGAAUUCAGGAGUUGGAACAAGCCAAGCCUUCACUUCUGGCUUUGCUAAAUAUAUUGGGGAUGGAAAUAGAGAAAAUAGUGAUAAAACAGAUUCCAAUAACCUUCCACUUGCAAUGAAUGUACAAAACUCAAUCAGAGGUUUAUUGGGAUCUCCCAAUCCAACCUCAUACUUGGGUUCCAAUCACAAUAAACAAGGGUCCACAGGAGCUGUUAGUUUCAAGUCAGGAAGUAAUAUAGGUAAAAAUGAGUAUGCCUCAUCAACAGAUGAGACUAAUAGCAAUAACUGA